AUGCCUUCUGUCGGGUACUGCAGCACGGCCUCCACUACACCGUUGGCAAGUGCAACGUCAGCCAUAGCUUCAGCUCUAGAGAGCAGAAGCGAGGAACUGACCCCAUCUUUGCAGGAAAGACCGCGGGGCGAGCUAUUGAACGCUCCGGGGCAGCAUGGCUUGCUGCCAGGAGGCCUGGGACACUUCCGUCUUGGCACUAGUUGUCUUCAGUCUGCCAAGGGGCCCUUGGAAGCUUUACCGAUGGAGCAGCGGAUCGAAGAGGCCGAGGCUGCAGAGGCGAAGCUUGAAGCCGCUUUAGUCGACCUGGUAGGGCUGAAGAACAACCAGGACAACGUUGCAAGCGAUGCCUUGCUGCUUGCGCAAGCUUCUUUGCAAGCACGAGGGGUCCCAGGCGCCUCCUCAAGCUCAGCGCAACAGACCUCGCCAGAGUGA